AUGAAUGACUUAAAACUUCUUGAAAAAUUACCUGCAAGGAAAACCAAUAUCAAGAUGAAUUUUGCCAUAAAUGGAGUAUUUUCCUUUCCUGAAGAAUGGAGAGUAACUGAUGAAGCCAAUCCAAACUUAUUUUAAUACUCAGUUGCAUUUCUUGAUUAAAGAUUAUCAGGUGGGAAGGUAUUACCUCGAGAAUUGACUGAGAAGGAGAAGAAAGAAAUUGAAGAAGCAGAGGCAGCAAAGAAAGCAAAAAAAUAACCGAAAAAAAGAUGCUAAAAUUGA